AUGACAGCUCCUCCAGGUCGACCUGCACCAAAAACCUUACUGGAUAGACCGGUCAAUGAAAGCCCAAAGCUGACAGCUGGUCGCAUCACUGGCAAUGCGGGAGUGACGCCAGGGCUUGCACCAUGCUCACCCGGCUGGGGGGGGAAAUUGACCAACGGCGGGGGAGGGGAGGGGGAGGAAUGGACUGGAGGGAGGAAUGAACGAAACAACAAAUCAGCAAGGGACGGGCAAUGGAUUGACAAGACGAGGGAUCUCCCCGGUCAACUGGCGUGGCAGCUAACGAACGGGAAAGGAGGGGAAAAACAUCCGGGCUCGAGGGUGUGGAGGACUAAGGAAAGCAUUCAUGCCAUACGGACUGGACUGGCAUGCAAUCAAUCCGUCGAUGAUGAUGUUGAUGAUGACGUCGACCAGCUUACAGCAUCCUCCAUCAACCUGAGACAACAGCUUCCGUUAGCACUGGGGAAAGGAAUCCCAGGCACCUGGUCGGUGGUUCAUCCGCCGCGACACAUGGUUAGCCGAGCUCGACCGAGAUUAGGUCGUGGGUUGCUUAGUCCCACUAGGGAUUGGGGGAACCGGACGGGUGUCAGAUGGUCGGGAGGAGAAGGGGAAAUGAAAUCCUCCAGCCUUAACUCGCUAUCUAUCGGGAGCUGCUGGUUGCCUCGUCCAGUUUCUUCUACAUACCCCGCAUUGGGGGAGGAUUGUCGCUCUGGAGCAUCUUUAGCAUCUUUAGCACCGUGUCUGUCACACGCAGCUUCAUUCCUGCCUUCAUUCAAUUCCUCUGCCGUCAUCAUCACUAUUAUCAACGUCGUCCAUCUUGGGACUACUCUCGACUUAGCUCGCUCACUAGUCCUGUCUAAUAUCCCCUCUCCUCCACUCAUUGCUCAUUGCUGCCCAUCCGCCUCAGGCCAAGGAAACAAUCACCCAUCGUCUUCCCGUCAGUGUCUCAUAUUACUCAAAGAAGGGGCGACAUGGAUGACGCGCAGCAGCAGCCGUGGACAGUUGGGCGCUAAUACCGGCCGGGUGGAUGUCGGAAAGAAGUUCCAGCUCAUCACAUCCCAGAAGUUCGCUGGUGGACUGGCGGAGCUUCGAUUUGUCCAACCCUUUCUUGUGUCGCGCCGGUGUUUUAGCGGUCCCAUCCGUACUAUACUCCGCUUCCCCAUAUGA